UGAUUAAUCCCUUUUAUUCAUGUCUUCACAUCAGGUGUUAUGGCCCCCCUGACAUUAAGAUGGCCCCUCUCAGGCCUGUAGCCUGCUGCCUUGUAUUCUCACAAGUCUGAGUACACGCGGUUUCGAGAUUCUGGGAGACUAUGAGCCUCUUGCUUUUUGCUGCUUUUACUCUCUUUUUUGCCUUUUUGCCUGGUGACUGUUCUUUGGACUCAUUUGCUCCCCGUAAUGUUAAGUCCACCUCACCUUCGACGUUGGCAAUGCCCAGCAUAUCCCGUCAUACAAUCUAUGGUAUAGUGUUUGAUGCAGGCAGCACUGGGACACGAAUCCACAUUUACAAGUUCCAUCAAAGUGAUGCAGGGUCUCCCCUGGAGCUGGAUGGAGAGAUCUUUGAGUCUGUGAAGCCAGGACUUUCUGCUUUUGCUGGGGAGCCUGAAAUGGUGCGGAAAGUCUUCAGUUCAUCUCCAUUUCUGGUCCGAGAAAACAGUGUCAGCAUCAUGGAGGGAACCGAUGAGGGAGUCUUGGCCUGGAUCACAGUGAACUUUCUGACAGGUCGCCUUCAUGGGGAUCGUAGCGUCGGGACCUUGGAUUUGGGUGGAGGCUCCACACAGAUAACCUUCUUGCCCUUGGCUAAGGCCACGUUGGAUCAGAGUCCUGGAGACUUUCUGACAUCCAUUGAGUUGUUUAACAGCACAUAUCGACUGUACACCCGCAGUUACCUGGGGCUUGGUCUGAAGGCGGCUCGUCUAGCUGUGCUUGGAGCGUCUGCAGCUCAGGAGAAACAGAUUUUUCGGAGUCCCUGUUUCCCAGCAGCUCUGGAUGCAGAAUGGAAAUUUGCUGACGUCACCUACAGAUAUGCAGGGCAGGCUGACGGCCUUGUCGGGUUUGAUGCCUGUUACUCUGAGGUUCUGCACAUCUUACAGGGGAACGUCCACCAAGUUGAUGAGAUGCGAGACGGACGCUUUUAUGCCUUCUCCUACUAUUAUGACCGGGCAGUGGACACCAAUCUAAUUGAGCACGAAGAUGGAGGAGCGCUGGCCGUCAGGGACUUUGCUCUAAAAGCCAGAGAAGUGUGUGACCAUAUGGACCGCUUUGCAUCGCAGAGCCCGUUCCUGUGUAUGGAUCUUACCUACAUCACCGCUCUGCUCAGGGAUGGAUUUGGCUUCGAGGAGGACACCACUCUGCAGUUAACCAAAAAAGUGCGGGAUGUGGAGACGGGCUGGGCACUGGGCGCCAUCUUCCUCGAGCUGCAGCCUCUGGUACAUUCAGGAUGAUGGAAGCUCCAGAACACAGCGUUACUCAGCCUUCUAAAAAAACAUGGGGCAAUGACUGCAAGACAAACUGUAACAGGUCAAGUGUGGGUGCCCUGGUGCAUAAGAGUCUGUGAAGGUUCUCAUGUAUCCAGGUCAUGGUAUGUAUCUGUAAAGAAUAAAUCAAGGCAACUGGA